GCUAUCGCGGGGCUCAAGGCGGAGGCAAACCGGCAAUGCGGCACCACCAGUAUCUCAUCCUUCCAGUCCCUGACUGCCCUUGUAUGGCGGUGCAUCGCGCGCGCCCGCCGCUUCCCGCCCAGCCAGGUCACAGGUUGCCGGAUGGCUGCGAACAACCGGGCAGGCUUGACCCUCCUCUCUCGCCGGAGUACUUCGGAAACUCAAUCACACCAGUGAGGACGGCGGCUAAGGUGGGGGAGCUGCUGGGCAGCGGUCUUGGGUGGGCGGCGCGACUGCUGCAUACGGCGGUGGCGGAGCACAGCAGCGCAAAGCUGAGGGAGUGGAACGAGGAUUGGAUAAAGAGGCCACAGGUGUACCACCUGGACAAGACGUUCGAUCAGUACAGCAUCAUGAUGGGGAGCUCGCCACGGUUCGACAAGUACGGCAACGAGUUCGGGCUGGGGAAGGCCGUGGCUCUGCGAAGUGGGUAUGCGAACAAGUUCGACGGCAAGGUCUCAGCCUAUCCGGGCCACGAAGGAGGCGGAAGCAUCGACCUCGAGAUCUGCCUUCCGCCGACGACGAUGGCACUCUCGAAGCUGACCCGGAAUUCAUGGCCGCCGUGACGGAUUCGUAGGUGGGAGGGCCAAAGUCAACACGGCGGUCAUGCGCAAGUCGAGUCAACACGCGUUAGGAGUUUGGAGGAAUAAAGAUUUGUUAUUUGACUACGAAUUUUAAGUUGACUCAUCUCUUAACGUAAUACCCAAUAAAUUAUGAGUUUACAUUCUAUGUACGCUUGGUCCGGGAAAAUUCCAAGUAAGAGCUGAAGUGUGGCCCUUUUCUUAUGCCGCUUUUCAAGUUACUGGCAUUUUAUCCAAAGUUGUCUUUUA